AUGACCCAAACGCCCAGUGAUGAUGAGGAAAUCUGCCUUCCCAGUGAUACUCUGCAGAUCCUCCAGGAGUUCUUAGCUGAGAAGGCAGCAGCGGAGGAGGAUUUGGAGGAAAACUGGCAAUUGAGCCAAUUCUGGUACGAUGAGGAGACUAUCUCUAUCCUCACCGGCGCCUGCAGAGAGAUUUCUCCUGGUGAAAACUUCAAAAUAGGUCUUUUUUCCUGUCCAUCACUCUACAAAUCAGUUUCAAGUGCUCUUCCCAAUGUUCAUCUCUUUGAGUACGAUGAGAGAUUCCUCCGGCAGGAUCAAAACUGUGUCUUCUAUGACUACACCAAAGGACGAAACAACAAAACUCUUGAAGAAUUUCACCAUUAUUUUGAUUUGGUGCUCGCCGAUCCUCCCUUUUUAUCCGAAGAGUGCAUUUCCAAGACAGCUGAAGUCCUACACAGUGUCCUAAAGCCAGACGGGAAAAUAAUCCUGUGCUCUGGCGUCGUGGUCACUCCCUGGGCUGAGAAAUACCUGCACUUGAGGCCUUGCAAUUUUCAACCGCGACACAAGAGGAAUCUGGGUAAUGAAUUCGCGUCGUUCGCCAAUUUUAAUCUCGAUCACUUCAUUCAGAGAAAAUAAAGCUACUUGGCAGCACUGUCA